GCUCAACAGUUCAACUCUCAUCUGGUUGGGAGGCGGACUGAAUUCCAAUCGUUCCGAAGCUGAAGAGUGAACUCGGGUCGCUUGCUUACUCAAAGUAAUUAGUCGGCCAGAACCCCGAUUUGCAAGAGUAUUUGGUCAAUCAAAUACACUCUGCGGCAUCCUAGCCAGUAAUUGGUUGUAUGUGCGCGACAGUGUGUGAUCAUGAUGGCAGCAGUUCUGUCUACAUCCGGGCAACAAUGCCUUCACUCCGUUAUUGUUACUUCGGUCUGAAACUGGUUAGUCUAAAAUAUUAAGCUGGAAGCAAGAUGUCUAACCAAGGAGUUCGGCGAAAUGGUCCGGUUAAACUGCGUUUAACAGUCCUCUGUGCCAAAAACCUGGUGAAGAAAGAUUUCUUUCGCCUCCCUGAUCCCUUUGCCAAAGUGGUGGUGGACGGCUCAGGACAAUGUCACUCCACAGACACCGUGAAGAACACCCUCGACCCCAAGUGGAACCAGCACUACGACCUAUAUAUUGGCAAGUCUGACUCCAUCACCAUCAGCGUGUGGAACCACAAGAAGAUCCAUAAGAAGCAGGGGGCUGGCUUCCUGGGCUGUGUACGCCUUCUAUCCAAUGCCAUCAACCGCCUCAAAGACACCGGCUAUCAGAGAUUGGACAUGAACAAGCUGGGCCUCAAUGACAGUGACACAGUGAGGGGUCAGAUAGUGGUGAGCCUGCAGUCCAGAGACAGGAUAGGCACAGGAGGCCCAGUGGUGGACUGCAGCCGUCUGUUUGACAAUGACCUGCCAGAUGGCUGGGAGGAGCGGAGGACUGCGUCUGGCCGAAUCCAGUACUUGAACCACAUCACACGCACCACACAGUGGGAGAGGCCUACAAGGCCUGCAUCGGAGUACUCCAGCCCGGGCCGGCCUCUCAGCUGCAUCGUGGAUGAGAACAUGCCCAUCCUGAGCACCAACGGGGCCACGCCCACCAUUCCGUGUGUCCCGUCCAGCGACCAGCGGGCCCAGGAGAGACGCGUCCGCUCCCAGAGACACAGGAACUACAUGAGCAGGACACACCUCCACACACCCCCAGACCUGCCCGAGGGAUACGAGCAGAGGACCACACAGCAGGGCCAGGUCUACUUCCUCCACACCCAGACAGGAGUCAGCACAUGGCACGACCCUCGAGUGCCCAGGGAUCUGAGAGGAUUCACAGCAGACACCUCUGGCACGCCCUCUGCCUCCAUGCUCUCAGCACACAGCCUUCAGCCCUACUGUACAUGUGGCUCAGAGACGCCACUCACUCAGGCAUGUGUGUUUCAUGGAUUACCACAGGCCCAGAGGAGAACACACAUCAACACAGACCUGAGUAAUGUAAACUGUGAGGAGCUGGGCCCACUGCCCCCUGGCUGGGAGAUCAGGAACACAGCCACCGGCCGGGUCUACUUUGUGGACCACAACAACCGCACCACGCAGUUCACAGACCCGCGCCUCUCCGCCAACCUGCAUCUAGUCCUUAACCCAAGCCCCAAUGGUUCCCGCAGCGGCAUCGAAAUUCAGAACAGUCCGAUCAGCCGUCAGAUCCAGCUGAAGGAGCAGGCCCAGCAGGCACUGGUGUCUCCAGGUAAUCUGCCGGAGGAGGCCGAGUGCCUCACGGUGCCCAAGUACAAGAGGGACCUGGUGCAGAAGCUGAAGAUCCUCCGCCAGGAGCUGUCCCAGCAGCAGCCCCAGGCAGGCCACUGCCGCAUAGAGGUGUCCCGCGAGGAGAUCUUUGAGGAGUCUUACCGCCAGGUGAUGAAGAUGAGGCCGAAGGACCUGUGGAAGAGACUGAUGGUGAAGUUUAAAGGGGAGGAGGGGCUGGACUACGGAGGAGUGGCCAGGGAGUGGCUGUAUCUGCUGUCCCAUGAGAUGCUGAAUCCGUACUACGGCCUGUUCCAGUACUCCCGCGAUGACAUCUACACCCUGCAGAUUAACCCCGACUCGGCCGUCAACCCGGAGCACCUGUCCUACUUCCACUUUGUGGGUCGUAUUAUGGGCAUGGCGGUGUUCCACGGCCACUACAUAGACGGGGGCUUCACCCUGCCCUUCUACAAACAGCUGCUGGGGAAACCCAUCACCCUGGACGACAUGGAGUCAGUGGACCCAGACCUCCACAACAGCCUGGUCUGGAUCCUGGACAAUGACAUCACAGGCGUGUUGGACCACACCUUCUGUGUGGAGCACAAUGCCUACGGGGAGAUCAUCCAGCACGAACUCAAACCCAACGGCAAAAUCAUCCAGGUCACCCAGGACACCAAGAAGGAGUAUGUCAGACUGUAUGUGAACUGGCGUUUCCUGCGAGGCAUCGAGGCUCAGUUCUUGGCCCUGCAGAAGGGCUUCAACGAGGUCAUCUCACAGCACCUCCUCAAGGCCUUCGACGAGAAAGAGCUGGAGCUCAUAGUGUGUGGACUGGGUAAGAUCGACAUCAACGACUGGAAGUCCAACACACGGCUGAAGCACUGCACCCCUGACACCAACAUCGUCAAGUGGUUCUGGAAGGCCGUGGAGUCGUACGAUGAGGAGCGCCGGGCCAGGUUGCUGCAGUUUGUCACCGGCUCCUCCAGGGUCCCCCUGCAAGGCUUCAAAGCCCUCCAAGGUGCUGCAGGCCCACGACUCUUCACCAUCCACCAGAUCGAUGCCAGCUCCAACAACCUGCCCAAAGCCCACACCUGCUUCAACCGGAUCGACAUUCCUCCCUACGAGAACUAUGACAAGCUGUAUGACAAGCUGCUCACUGCUAUCGAGGAGACGUGUGGCUUUGCUGUGGAGUGAGACGCUGCUGACGCAGGGGUCAGCAGGAACAGGGAGUGGAGGAACUCGACAUUGUCAGAUCCCACCAUCCAGUUCACCCAGGGGAAGGGGGCGUCUGUGGUCCAGUGGCCCAAGGACUCUCUCGCCCACAAUAGGGACAUAGUGGCCAGGCCAGGGGGGGGCAGUGGAGAUCUGAGCGAGCAGUCUCGUCUGUCAUGGGGUCCCCCCCCCCCUUUUAAAAAAUAACAUUUUCAGCUGCUAAUAACUCAGACUAUUUACUAACUUGUGGAACUUUAAAAAUGGCUGGCUCUUCCUUUUUUUAAUAAGUUUAGUUUUAGCAUUGUAAAAAUAGUCAGUAUUCCAUGUAGCUACUUACCAUCUUACCAAGCAGAACAUGAAGUCCACAACUAAACAAAACAUUGGCCACAUAAACAAGACUGGUAUCAUUGGUUUGAUGGAGUAAAUUGUUACCCACGGUUACCAACAACACUGAAUGGUGCUUGGUUUGUUUGGAGGCAGGGACUGAAGGGAGCAUGAAGGCUCCUUAGCACCCCCUGGUGACUGAGUCCUCUUCUACCACCGAGGACUCUUGGGGCAUCUAUCUUCACUCAGAGGCUGGACUUUGGAGCACAUGUUCAGAACUUGGCCUUAUGGAGAAAGACAUGCAGGGCCCCAUUGUCAACGGCCCUGUUCAAAGAAAGUGGUCUGGUUUUCAGCGCUCCAUUCCCAGAAACCAGUGUCACACGUCUGACAUGUAAGCUUGUUUGGAAAUUUAAAUAAAUAGCUUGAAUGGUGUUAUUUUUAUAUAAUGGGAAAAUGAAAAAAGAAACACUAAAAUGAUAUGUAAUAUAUAUAAUUUAUUUCUGUUAUAUUUCAGAAAGCUUUUGCCAUUAUUCCAGAUUUGUUUUUGAAAAUAUUAAGUGUUGCUGUUUAAAGCUUGAAAGAAGUACACUUAGAUUACUGUGGGUGAAAUCUUUACAUAGCCUCUUUCGUACACAGUAAGCAGAGAGGUGGUCUUAAGGGUGGGUUGUCUUUAAUACACACAGUCCUCUGAGUGCCAUAAUACUUUUGACUGAAUCUUUUCAACUAUUUAGAUAUUAACCUGACCCUUUAAAUUCCAGUGACAUCAUCCAGUAGGUACUUGUGAUGGGGUAUGUAUGAUGAGUUCCAUAGACCGUUUUCAUGAUUGUUUCUACCAUGGUGAUCUGCUCUGUCCCCACAAAAGAAUGGCUAAGAGUCCCUGCUACCCUGAUGCAUUUUGUUAUGUGAAGAUUACACACAUUUUUUGUAAGUGCUACUCUUGUCAUUCUGGCAAAUAACUACUACUACCUUCCGGUUAUGGUCUUCUGGUGCUAAAUAAGACAGCAGUUUGCUCAUUUCUUUCAAGAUAUUGGCCACCAGUCUUACACCUGGGGCUGAGAUGGGAGCAUAGCAAACUACAUACAAAAAGUUGCAAUGAAUUGAACAAACAUCACUCAGACCUCAAGCCACAUUCUCAGGAGAUGUCAUAUUAUUUGUUGUAUUAUUUGGGAGCUGACACGGUCAAAACCUUUUCCUCUGUAAUGGUUGAAUGUCUUAUACAGUACAUUAUGUUGAGUGGCUAUAAAGUCUACAUUUGUCAUAUGUAUUGUAACCCAACAGUAGACAUUAUCAUGUGAUUGUUGGGUUUCUAUAUCUCCAUAUUGGCUAUAAAUGAAAUCUGAAUGAAUGAGAUGAACCUGCUAAUUCUACUCACCUGAACCUAGCUCUACAAGUAUGGGUUUGGGGGAGAACAUAUUUAUUUUCUACUCAUUCAAACAAAUUGUUUUCUUAUUUUUUUAAUGGCUGCCUGUCUAGCGAUCUGUGACCAUGGACUGUUCUUAAAGUUAGCAUACAUUGAAAAUGAAUUGCUCAUCUUUUUCUUUUAUAGAGGUGUAUGCAAAGUGACGUGUCCUCAGAUGGUGCUUUGUACAGUGAUAGGAUAUUGUUCAUUAAUGUGGAUCACACAACCUGUAAUUUAUCUUUAACUUAAGUUUUUUUUUUUCACACGUACAGAACUUUUUGUCGCCGUAUGUACUAGGUGACUUCUAUCUAUUUACCAGAUAGGUCAUGGACUGAUUGAUUUUAUAUCUAAACAUAUUCAUUUACUUUAAGUGGCACAAAAAGAUCCCUCGGCAGUCUGUUUCUUACACAAUCUUUCUGCAUUACUCCAUAGCUGCCUCCCUGAAGAAUGGAACUUUGUAUUAACAAGUCAAAUUUGAGAUGCAGCUUUUUGUUGCUUAAUUUUUUUUUGCAUGAUCCACGAGCAGGACUAUAUCUCUUAUAGCUGACUGAUGCAAUUAGAUGUACUUAACACUAUCAUUUUUGGAAGAGUAUUUUAUUUUUGUGUGUCAUUUAGGUCUAAUUAAACUUGCCUUUGUCAGAUGAUAUGAGGCACCUUGAA